AUGUCGGCCUUAAUUCAUCGAAUUGUCAAGCAAGCUUACAAAACAUUUUCCAGAUCUGAUAGCUAUACAGCCAAUUAUCACAAAUUGAGUACACUGCUAACUGGAUUACGAGCUAAAGAUAUUGCUUUAGAAGAAGCACUCGAUGCAUUCUUACUUAGGCCCCAUGGAGCUCCAGCUGGCUAUAUAGCAAUUCACGAAUGUCAAUAUUUUAACUUGUGUGUUUUUAUAGUCCGUGAAAAGUGUUCUGUUCCACUCCACGAUCAUCCUGAAAUGACUGGUUUAAUUAAAGUAUUAUAUGGAAAAGCGAAAAUUACAUCAUAUGAUCGCCUUGACAGCGGUGGAUGUGCGCGAACAAGCCUAAUGAAAUUAAAAUUUCAACGUCGAAUAGAACCAAUUAAGUGCAUUCAUAGUGGACAAUAUAUUAUUAAAGAUGAUGAUGAAGUGCAGACCUUACAAAGUGACCAGGAUAAUUAUCACAGCAUCGAGGCUGUCAGUGGUCCAACGGCAUUUAUCGAUAUUUUAGCACCACCUUACAAUGCUAGUCAGAAUCGAAAUUGUCAUUACUAUAUUCCUGUAGAAAAUGUCUAUCCUGAGGAACACUCGACGGAUACAGAGGAUGAUAAAAUUUGUUACCUCCAAGAAAUUUCACCACCUCGCACUUUCUAUUGUGAUCCAGUGGCGUAUCGAGGACCACAAAUCGACAUUAGAGACUUGAAUGUUGAUGAAUAA